GGGGGGGGGGGUGUUGUUAAUGUAUUGGUUUUGACUUGAGAUUCUCCGAUCUCUCUCUCGGCGCAUCUCGAUCACUCGAGUUUUUUCAAUUUUAGGGGUUUUUUUCUGGUUCUUAAUGUCUCGGCUUCUCUUCGAUUUUGUGGGUUUUUGGUUGGGAACCAAUUCGUUCUACGUGGGUUGUGUUGAUUUGGUUCUUUAUGCCAUUGUUUUUCGGAUGUCUUCUUCGCGGCAGAAACCCUGACAUAUCACUUCCUUUCUGUAAAACCCUAGUUUUGUCUGUACCCGAAACCACUCUAACCCAAACCCCUCUCGGCCAAACCCCCUACAGCAAAAUAGGGCCUAGGCAAGGAGACUGUAGUAAAUAGAAUGCCAUCUUUUUUAUCCUUUUGUUUGUAUGUAGUUAUUCCUAGAGUUCCUUACUGCUUUUGUUGAAUUGGUGCCUCCAGUAUUCAAAACUGCUGGCAGGUAUCGAGUAUUCAAAAUUGGGAAGAUAGCAUUUUGGUUGCCCUUUUAGAAAUGGUUUAUAAUUUCAGUACAAUGUUUAUCGUUUAUUUUUUUGGUGGGGGGUUACAUUGAUGUAUUUCCGGGUCUUUGAAAGGAAUAUAUGAUAUUAUUUUAAUUAUUUAGCUCUCUGCCUCUGUUGGUUUCUUUCUGAAUCAAUGGAUUUUAUUGAUAAACAAAUGUUUUCUAUUCACUAAAUGGUUUAAAUUUCCAUGAAAAAUGGAAUUCCACAUUUUCUAUUCACAACUAUGGGUCCAUAAUCUAUGCACUGUAUAUGGUUCUAGUGAGAUUGCAUUUUGUACACUGUUUAUUUUAGACCAAGCCUGGAGAGAGAUUGAUGGAGGGGUUAUUUAAACUCAUUAUUUGUCGUGACAUAUGUCUUUAUGCUCUUAAUUAUUUUAGUCGAUGAAUUGCCAGAAACUGAAAUGGUAGAUCAAACAGAAAAUGUGGAAUUUCAUUUUCAUGGAAACUUAAACAAUCACGAUAAAGUUUAAUAUAUAUAUAUAGAAUAAUACAUUGCCCUAUGCUGCAGGCCAAACUCAGAGGCCGAAAGGCCAUUUUUCCAAAAUUGCCCUUGCAUCUUGGAAAAAUGUCCUCUCUGUUCCAUUUUGUUUCCUUUCCAGCUGAACCAAUCUUCUUUCUUAAGGGGAGAACAGAUAUCUUGGAUGUGAUGGAUUUUGCUUUUGCAGUACUUUCUAUUUACUAAAUGCAUCUUUUACCAUCCUUGGGAAGAGCUUUAUGUAGCAUUUCAUAAGCAUUUUCUAAAUGUUUGAUUAUGUGUUUUGUGUUGAUGAAUUAUUGUAUAAUUCAAUAAUUUUUUUUAGGUACAUGUAUAAUUAUAUGAUGUGAUUAUUGCUACUCUUUCCAUGCUGUGAUUAUUGACUGAAUGAGAAAGUAGACUUAUUAAUUUUGCUCUUUCUGGUUUUUCUGAGUUUCUCAUUGGGUGGGGAAUGGUGAUUCAAACGCUAUUUUUGAAUAUGAAAAGUAGGCCAUGUCUUUGAAACUUUUGUGUCUUCUUCACUUUGAGAAAAUUUCUAUUCCACUCUUUUAUUUCAAACUGUUGUUUUAACUUUUUUAAACUUUAUUUUUACUUAUUUAUAGACAAUGAUUUCAAGCGGAGAUGAUGCAUCCCUUGAACAAUCUUACUUUAUUUUCAGAUCAUUCAAUUUAUAUGAAUUUCCUGGCAGACAUUGUCUAAAUUGUUGGCUGCAGAGGAACACUUCUAUCUAAAGGAACGAUUUUCCCUACGAAACAGACUUUGUACUCUUUGUAAUUUGAGAACAGGAACCUUGCUAUGGAGGGCGAUACUGUGUGCUUGGCCUUUUGGGGUUCUGCAGCAUAUUGCCUAAAGUAUUAGAAUGGAAAAGAAAAAGAUAGAUGUCCCUGAACCAGUACCAGAUCCACCUGUGAGAGUUGACCGAUUUGGAUUUGUGAAGCAAGAGACAAAUAAUCCUCCUGAAGGUUUAGCCAAGAGUAGGUCAGCCUUUGAGUUUGAGAGGGAGGAAAGAAGAAUUAGAAAAUGGAGGAAAAUGAUUGGUGUUGGAGGCAGUGAUUGGAAAUACUAUGUUAGGAGGAAACCUCAUGUUGUGAAAAGGCGAAUUAGAAAAGGAAUUCCUGAUUGUCUAAGGGGUCUUGUUUGGCAGUUAAUCUCAGGAAGCCGUGACCUCUUGCUGAUGAACCCUGGAGUUUAUGAGCAAUUAGUGAUAUAUGAGACAUCUGCUUCAGAACUGGAUAUAAUUCGAGAUAUAUCUCGUACCUUCCCUUCACAUGUUUUCUUCCGACAGAGGCAUGGACCUGGUCAGAGGUCUCUCUAUAAUGUUCUUAAGGCAUACUCUGUAUUUGACAGAGAUGUUGGCUAUGUUCAGGGAAUGGGAUUUGUAGCCGGUUUGUUGCUCCUGUAUAUGAGCGAAGAAGAUGCAUUCUGGUUAUUGGUUGCUUUACUGAAAGGAGCUGUCCAUGCCCCCAUGGAAGGUUUAUAUUUGGUGGGCUUACCUCUAGUGCAGCAAUAUCUUUUUCAGUUUGACAAUUUAGUAAGAGAAAGGUUGCCAAAGCUUGGAGAGCAUUUUAGUCGAGAAAUGAUAAACCCCAGCAUGUAUGCAAGCCAGUGGUUUAUAACUGUUUUUUCAUACUCAUUCCCAUUCCAUUUGGCUCUUCGUAUUUGGGAUGUCUUUCUCUAUGAGGGUGUCAAAAUUGUUUUUAAAGUUGGUUUGGCCCUGCUGAAGUACUGCCAUGAUGACUUGACAAAGUUACCAUUUGAGAAACUUAUACAUGCUCUGCGUAACUUCCCUGAGGAUGCAAUGAACCCAGAUACUCUAUUACCGUUGGCGUACUCAAUGAAGCAGGUAUCAAAACGUUUGGAGGAACUGAAGGUAGAGUACCAGAAGAAGCAGGGGACGACAGCUGGCUGAAACGCGCUAGAGAUAGGCUCUCUUUCUUUCUUUCUUUUUUUUUUUAAUGUGCUUGGGGCUGCCAUACUGCCUAUUGCCAGUGUGUGAAUAACUCAAAAGAAUAAUAACAGUACCGACAUAUAAUUGCUUCCUUGACAUAAUUUGUGAAACAAGGUGGGGGAUGGUGGCAAUGUUGGCAUCUAUUCAUCUUCCGAUAAGGUGGAAUCAUUUGGGUGACGAAGAAAGUUAGUUCAGCGAACUUGUGGUGUGUGAAUUCUCUGCUUUUUUGCACCAGAAGCCAAGAAUCUGAUUCUUUUCAAUAAUUAGAUUAUACCCUAUUAUUAUUGUUAUUAUUAUUAUUGAAGGGUCAUGAUUUAUCUGGCCAAAAAGCAUGGUCGAGUUGAACCUUUUUUCUUCUUUUUGUUUUUUUUUUUUUUUUUUUGGGGGGGGGGUCAUGAUAAUAGAGAUUAUGUUCCCAUAAAUCUAACAUAGUGGAUGAUUGUUUUUUUCAUCAUAUAUAGCUUGGGUACCAUUAAAAAAGAUUAUGGUGGCAACGCGGUAAAGCACAAGGAGGAUAACAAAAGUACAAGAAGUUCAAAUUCUUGUGACAUUUUAGAAGGCAAAAUUAUUAUUGAAGAUAAUAAUAAGGUUGGAAGAGAAGUCGUCAACGUAGAGGUAGGGUCAUGGUGUGUUUCGUUAUUCCUCCGAAGGUCUUAUUCACACGAUAUAAAGGUAGAAUUUAUGAAGAAUAUAGUUGUUUGUCGAAAGUUCAUUCCGAGUUUGUAUAAACUAUGACUAUAUCUAAAUUUAUUCAGAGAGCAAAUCAGGGGAGAAAAACACUCUUUUCAGGAAUAUUUGGGCAAAGAUCGAAUACUUAGGUCAUAAAAAAAAAUCAAAAAUUAAUUAUAAGUACCAUCAUUAUAACACCAAACUCAAAAGUAAAUAUUAUUAAAGAGAAGGGAAAAAUAAUGCAUUUUACAUUAAUGUAUGUAAUAUUUUAGAUUAAUCACAUUUAAAAAUAAUUACUUUUGAAAUGUUAGUGAAUUAAUAGCUUUAUUCCCGACAAUAUAUAUCUCAAACACGUUGAUAUGAAUAAGAAGACUAUAACCUUUAUCUAUAUUUAUUUUUGACUUAAUAAAAUGAAUAAGGAUAAAAUUAUAACUUUACUUUUGUUGUCACAUCCAAUUAACACGUGUUUAAAUAAAUUAUUAUCUUUUAAAUUCAUAAAUUCCUUUCCUGAAUCACCUAACAUGUAACAUAAAUUCAAAAAAAAAAACAUCCAAAUUGACUACCAACAGUAUGGAUAGAUCAAAUUCAACACCCUUUUACCCAACAAAUUGAUUUAAAAAUGUUACUAAAAUUUAAAUAUUUAACACGAUAUCACUUACCAAUACAGGGGAUUCCAUUUUGUUUGUUAAAAUUGUACUAAUAUCUCAAAUUACCCUAACCGCUUUAUAAAGAAGCAAAGAUCUGGCGCCCCGCAUAGGGCGGACCUAAUUAGCCGCCAGACCGCAUCGCAGCCACGAAUCUUCCACGCGGGGUAAAUUCGGUAAAUCAGUGACAAAAACGUCACGGGACUCCUAGCUGCCUGCAACUCAUUAAGAAGGGCAUGACCGUAAAUAUCUCCAACUCUGGUGGCAAUCCCCGAACGCGAGACUCUCGCCUCGGCCGCCUAUAAGUAAGGGCCGAGCCCUUUCCCAGUUUCUUCGUUCUUUCCGCAACGAAAAACGUAACACGGUUUACGCAAAUUUCCUUGCGAUUCUAACUCCCUUUCUAUCCGUGAGUUGCUUCUCUUGUGGCCUCUAGGGUUUCGUAUAAGAGGGUUAG